AUGGAUUUUCGCAAGUGUGGGGGCGUUGAGACGGUUGCGAGCAUUGUUAGUGGGGGCAGCAUUGUGAAGGCUGGCAAGAAGGAUGGCACGAACAUCCUCGACCAGUUCAUGCAAUGGGUCUUGGACGGCGGGGAAGAGACCCAUGGAGGGGACGUGGAGGUGGAAGUGGGCGUGGUGCCAGCCCGCGACUCCGUGCAAGGGGCACGGUAUGAGGCCCUCGGGGUCGCGCGGCUGGCAUGUGGUGUCCCUGAGUUGAGCAAGAGCAUCUUGGAGAUAGUCCCUGAUGCCUAUGGAGGGGCCAAAAAGGCCUUGCACUUUCUGCCUGCCUGCGCGUCGGAGAGCAUGGAGCGGGUAGUGGAGGCGGCGCGAGCCGAGCUGGAAGUGCGUCGAGCAGAGCGUCGCUCAGCCGGCGCUGAGGGAGCCCCCGCGUCAGAGCGUCGCUCAACCGGGGGCAGCGGGGCUUGGGUCGCCGUGGUGAUCUGUGCCGGGUGGAACUGCAACGAGGUGGAGAAUUUGCAGGAGGCAUUUGUCGUGAAGCAGCUCUGCGAGACGCAGACGUGGAGCGAGUUCCUUUGGGCCUGCUCGGCGCACUCUAGCAAGAAGCGGGCAUGGGCCAAGACGGCGCAGGCCUUGGACUUGGCGCCGCCGAAGUUGUUCCAGACGAACCGGGAGGACCACCCACAAGCUGCAGCCAAUAAGGCACAGUUCGCCCAAGGGUUGGAAAGACAUUUUGUGGGAGACGCAGAGUGCGUCGAAGACAUCAAGAGCCUGGGCGGGUCCGCGCUCCUCGCGCGCUAUGAGAGCUUUCAGCAACCUGCCCAUAGGGCGGACCUGGGGCGGUAUAUUCGCUUGUGGAAAGAGGGUGGAAGUUACUUGGACAUCAAGAUGGCGUUGCUGCAGCCGUGGAGCACAACCCUGCAAGAGAUUUAUGCGGAGGGAGAGAGAUGCUUGGAGGGACAGCGCGUCGCGCAGUCCUCGGGCCAGCGCGUCGCGCCGCCCACGGAGGUGCGAGAUUUGUCACAAGUCCCGCACCUCCUCCUCAGCAUCGGACAAAACCGCAAACAUAUCUUCCAGGUUAACAUUUGGCACGCGUCCGCGAAGCAUCCGCUCUUAGCCAGAGCGGUGGGACAUGCGUUGGGCACGUCGCAGAGUCACCUGAAGCGAUACCUGUUGUUCUGCGAGUUUUUGUGGGCAGAGCUGCGGCGCGACCUCGGCAAGGACCCAGUGCAAGGGUGGAAUUUCUGCCCCACCCUUGGCCCCAUCUACCUUUUCCAGGAGCAGAUGGAUGGGCAGGGGAAAGCCGAGCGCGACCGACGUGGGCGCACAUGCUUGGGGGAGGAAUUUCCCGUGGAUGGUCACUUCAUGUUCACCACUGGUGGCACGAGGUAUGCCGCCACCCGGGCGUGGGGCUGGAAGAAAGGUUUCCUACCGGUCGCUCUGGGAGCCAUCGCGACACAGCGGGCAGAAGCGCAGAGCGUAGCUCAGCCGGAGCCACAGCCUGGCACUCCUGCCCCCGAAGCGCCGAGUGCGCCGCCCCCGGAAGCGCCGAGCAGCAGCGCUGCGCAGCAGCGCGUCGCGCAGUUGCAGGAGACACCGAGCGCGGCGACCCAACCGGCGGCAAACCAGGUGGAGGUGCCGCCACUGGAGACGACUAUCACUCCGGAAGGCUUGGAGCGGAUAAUGGCAGUGGCAACAGGGCAAAGUUGGUACGAGGGCCUGACUCGGGCAGAGGUGGAGAUCUUCACGGUGCAAGGUCUGAGAGAAGCGACCCGGCCAGAGGCAACAGAAGCGGUCUCGUCGGCGGUGGCCCAGGAGAUCGGCCAGGCUAUGGCUGUGGUGGAGCAGACGAUGGACAAGGUGGGCGUCUGGGCAGAGCAGGAUGUGCGAGAUCGCGUGGUUGCAGCGGCAGCGGUGCUCCCCGCGGCACCCCCCGAGCCAACGCUGUUGGACGCAGCUUUGUGCGCCACCGGCGAAAUCGCUGACUUCUUCCGCCGGCUGACGGGCAUCUUGGGACCGUCCAUCGCGGGCAACCGGCCAAUGUUGGCGACGGCGCUGAAGGACGCCUAUGUGCUGCCCAGCGUGCUGCAGAACGUCGUUCGGCAGCGUUCGGCGCAGGGCGCCACGUGGAACGACCUCACACGGUCAGAGAACGUGGAGUGGGCCGUGCCGUACGCGCUGGCUAUGUGCAAAGGAGGUUCCUAUGAGUACGUGGACAGGGCGAGCUUGUACAGCACCAUUUUGGUGCGCUUGGUGGUGGACGCGGUCGAGGAGACCGCCAACAGCUUGGACGCCGCAGGGCGGCAGGCCGUGCUUGAGUGCGUCUGCGUGCACUUCAAUGAGGCCGCCAGGCAGCAGGGUCAGCCGUCGAGGCUUCUAAUCGCACUGGGUGGCGCCCGAGCCCUGAAGUUCGACUUGGAUCCCACCAACAUCGAGCGCCAGUACGGAGGAGCGAAGAAAAGAGUGACCAAGCGGCAGGCCGAAUCCGGCGUGGCAGUCGGUCGCUCCAACCGAGUGUUGCAGAGGUUGGAGUGA